AUGAGUAAAGAAAAAAUUAUGCCAGAACACGAGAACGUCUUGGCUGAGUUGUUGGCUGACGAGGACGUUGUUGACUACGAACUAGAUGAUGAGUCAUACCAUGAAAAACUAGAUGAUUUCGAAGACAUGACAACCUCGGUCAUGGAGGAUAAUAAAAAAGAAACACCGGUCGUUAUUAAAGGUUUAGAGAAUAACAAGAAGGACGCACAAAUCAAUACUAAAAAUUUAGGGGAUGGCAAAAAAGACGUACUAAUUAUUAAUAAAAAAGACAAACCCAUUACACUUACCCAAUCAUCAAAUGAGGUAAGUAAGAAAUCUACGGAAGAGGAUCGUAGAAGACGCAAGGCCGAGUCUGAUGACGAAGCUGAGCCAAGAAGCUCCCGGCAAUCAAAGAGAGCAAGGCAAAGUGCAAAACCUCAAGUUGGACUUACCAAAAAAGAUGCUGAAGCAUCCCAACGUGAAGCACAUAAACCAAGACACACUUCAAGCAGACAGGAUCAGCUCGAUGUUGACCGCUUUCGCACUUCGCAGACACUCGAUGGUUCCUCACGAUCUAAACGUUAUUCAUCCAAUGAUUAUUCGCGAGUUCGAGAAAAUACUUCUCACAUUUCAAUCAAUCAUCGUGCUCGCGCCCAUGAAAAUUUUACUCGAGGCCGAAUUUUUCGAUUUGAAGAUAAUCAAAAAGCUCGAAUCGAUAGAUCUGUUAUUCCUCUUCCCCUAAGUAGUUCUUCCGGAAAAAUCGUCUCAUCGGAUAAACGGGAAAUCGAAAAUGGACAUAAGGAUCGAUCACAAAAGCAAAGCACUUUUGAUAAUUAUGAAAUUACUAAAAAUCCGCCAAAAACAUUGGCCAAGGAGGAAAUUGGAACUAUACAUUCGAGCAUAAAUUUGCAUAGUUCAAGAUCUAGUAAUGACGCAAUCCUAAAGGAUUCGCGGCAAAAGAACAUCAAAACAUCCGGACACAUCCCAAGUGAUACUUCGAAGAAAACCCAUCCCCGACCUGAAGAGGUUUCACGUGAAAAAGAACUGGAUAAUGGUCAUCUACGAGGCAAAGCUGACAAAAUCGAAAAGGGUCGAAGUUCGACCACCUUUGACGAAGUUAAGGCUCAAAAUAUAACAGCUAAAAAUCACAAAUUAAAUCCAUAUGAUCGAAGAGAACAUCUUAAUUUACCUAAUGACAAAAAAGAAAUUAUCGUAAAAGAUAAUGAUAAAAUCCGUAAAAAAGAGAGCGAAUCUACUGCCUUAAACGAAGGGAAUCAACGCUCACAGAAGGCUAAUAUUAUUUCUCAAGAUUCUUUCGAAAAAAAUCAAACUCUUUCAUCGAAUAUAACAACUUUCGAUUCACGUCAUCAUCAUGUAACCAGUUUUUUGAGGCCAAGCAUCAAAGCAGAAUCCCGAUAUUUUAUUAUCAAAAGUCAUAAUUAUGAAAACGUUCUAAAAUCUCAAGCUGACGGAAUUUGGGCAACACAACCUGGCAAUGCUGAUAUUUUAAGUGAGGCGUUUCAGACAAGCGAACGCGUCUUUCUUAUUUUUUCUGUGAAUGAAAGCCGACAUUUUCAAGGUUAUUGCAUCAUGACCUCAGAUAUUGGUACAGCUAAGCACGCCUCUUGGUUGAGAAUUAACGAAGCAAAUCUCGGAGGAAAUUUUCAUGUUCGAUGGAUCAAAAUCCGGGAUCUACCAUUCGAUAGAACGGGACAUAUUCGAAAUCCUUGGAACGAGGGCAAACCUGUUAAGAUUAGUCGUGAUGGACAAGAGUUACCUUCAACUAUUGGAAACAAGCUAUGUGAAUUAUUUGAAACCCUCCCUGAAGAAACAGACACCACCCCUGAAAUUAUUAUUGACUCGAAAAUCAAAAAAGAUCAUCGAGAAAAAUUGCGGCGUCCAGAGUCUAUCGCCGAUAGAUAUAAGCCUUACGAGACUUUGAGCAGAGCGCAAAGAGCCGAAAGGGGUAUUCGUGCUCGCGGACAAAUGUUAUCCUCCGAAAUUGAACGACCGCGUUUGGUUCGUGAAUUACCUCCACGCGAAUAUUCUCGAAUUAUUUCUCACGCGGGUGAGUAUGAGGGUCAUCAUGGACAAUAUAGUCUUUUCCAACCCACUUUUCAGGGUCAUCUUGGAAUGCCACAUCAUCGGGCUUGGCAGCCAUCUUUCGGAUCACACAUUGCAUCUCAUCCCGACGAAGUAGACUGGGCAAAUCCUUUAAAGCGUUACAUUCAAACAACUUAUCAAGAGGAUCCAGACAAAUAUGCUGAUGAAACAAACGCCAUUCAUCGUCUUAGACAAGAUAUGCGUGGUGCUGGAAAGGACAUUACUGGUCGAGAUUUGCUCUAUCGAUAUUAUGGACAACUAGAAUUACUUGACCUUCGAUUUCCUGUUGACGAGAAUCACAUAAGGGUCUCUUUUACUUGGUACGAUGCUUUUACCUUAAAGCCUACCUCUCAAUUUUCACUCGCAUACGAAAAAGCUAGUACAAUAUUCAACAUAGCUGCUGUAUUAUCGGCGAUUGCUGCCUCGCAGAAUCGUUCUGAAAAUGAAGGAUUGAAACGAGCAUUUAAUUUCUUUCAAGCAUCAGCUGGAAUGUUUACAUACAUCAAUGACAAUUUUUUGCAUGCUCCCUCAACAGAUUUGAGUCGAGACACAGUUAAGCUACUCUCUCAAUUAAUGUUGGCGCAAGCUCAAGAAUGCUUUCUGGAGCAAAGUUUUGGGACAAAGAAAAAACCAGCCUUAGUUGCCAAGUUAGCGGCUCAAGCUGGCUGGUCAUAUGGGAAUAUUGCAGAAAAUAUGGGUGAUCUCGUAUUUAGAAAUGUUUUCGAUAAAAGUUGGCAUACUGUUUGUCAGAUCAAGCAUAAAUAUCUUGUUUCAAUUGCCCAGUAUCAAAAGGCUUUAGCAUGUGAAGCAGAGGCUAAAUAUGGUGAAAGUGUUGGACGACUUCAAAUUGCUGAAUCACUAGCUAAGGAAGCAAAUAAAUUAUCUACCGGAUUUUCGUCAGCUUUCUCUUCAUCGGCAAGUCCAACUCUCUCGGCAGAUGCAGCUAUCACUUUGCAGGAGAUAUGCAAAUCUAACCUGGCACUAAUAACGGAAAAAAAAGUCUCGGCGACGCGUGAUAAUGAUAUUGUAUAUCAUGAAGCUGUGCCUCAGGAAAGCGUCAUACCUUCAAUUGAAACGCUGAAUGCUGUUAAACCUAUGCCUAUAAAAGAUCUUUAUGCUCCUAACGAAAUUCAAAAGGUUAUCGGCCCAGAUAUAUUUGAGCGUCUUAUACCUUUAUCAGUGCAUGAAUCAGCAUCCCUAUAUUCUGAAGAAAAAGCAAAAAUUGUGCGUAGUGAAACUGAACGUUGUGAUAUUGCCAAUGGAGAAUUGGAAGCUGCCCUGGAAUAUAUGAAAUUGCCGGGAGCUUUAGAAAAAUUCAAAAAUACCAGCAGUGCUAGAUCUUUCGAUGAACUCGCUGCACCCACGAUUGAAGUGAAGCAAUGGGCUUUAUUAAUUCAAGAGGAAGAAUUGCAAAAAGGUUCAAUAAAAGAACUAAUGAUAACCUUAGAUGGAUUGAAAACCAGAGCCGAAGAACUUUUAGAUGGAGUCACAUUAAUACUUGACACGGAACAAAAAGAAUGUGAAUUACUUCGUGUUAAAUAUGGUGAUGCAUGGACUCAAUCUCCGUCUGGACAAUCCACUGCUUCACUUCGUCAAGAUAUGAAAAAUCAUCGAGAAUCUCUUGAAAAAGCAGCUAGUUCUGACCGUCAUAUUUAUCAUCAGUAUGAACAAGUGUCCAAGGAUGUUAUAACGUUGUUAUCUAGCGGAAAAGGCGAAGAUUUGGAAAGAGUUUUUGCUGAAACGCUUACUUCUGCUGGGCUUAAUAAUAAUGUUGGCGGAAAUUCAAUAGUUACUAAUAACGAAAGUUUACUUGACGUGGAAACAUCUGGAUCUGAGGAAGGAAUCCCAGUUAAAGCCCAAAGAAUAGAAGAGUGUAUAGGUAACCUUCAUAAAGUGAAAAAAGAAAGAAUGGAUACAUUAAGUGAUCUAAAAGAAAAGACACAUCAAGAUGAUAUAUCACAUCUUCUUAUACUAAAUAAAAAAACUCAAAAUAUCGAGCCACAAUUAUUUGCUACUGAGCUCGAAAAGUUCACUCCAUAUCGUAAUCGUAUUACAGCAAGUAUUCAUCAUCAGCAGGCUCUUUUACAAGAAUUGACUGGAUUUUACAAAAAUUUAAUGGAAGGAAAUGAGGCAAGAGCUUUGCAAAGUCGAUGGGAACAAAUCGAACGAAAAAGAAAAGAAGUUUGCGAAAGAUUCAAAAAAGCCAAAGAUAGGUAUCUCGAAGUAAAAGAAGGAUUAAGUAAAGGAAUUCAAUUUUACGUUGAUCUCGCGGAUUUGAUUGAAAACCUUUCCAAGACGGCACACCAAUUUGCAAAGAAACGUCAAGAAGAACGUAAUGAAUUGAUCCAACAGAUAGAAAAUCAAGAGGCACAAAGAGCAAACAAAUUAUUGAACCAAUUAAAAACCACUUCUUCCUCCUUAGACUCUAGCGAACAACCUAAUCCUUAUGACGAUAUAGGAAAAUUGGUGGAAGGGACUAAUCGUCUAUCAAUUAGCAAUAGUAUUAGUUCGGGUCAAGCUAAAAACGUGAAUUUAGGAUCAUUACCGCUAACUACUAAUUCUCAAAUUCAACAAUCUAACCAAUCAAAUGAUGGGGCUUAUUUCCGUAAAAAUUCGUCUUCGGCCAAUAUUCCAACGAACCAAUACGUGCCCUCUUAUAAUACUACUCCUUCAACCUCUAUUCUUCAACAAAGCGUCCCACCUCCGAAUAACACACCUAAUUAUUAUUCAACUUCUCUUACUCGACAAUCUUCUCUUUCAUCACAACCUCCUGGCGGAUAUAAUAAUCCAUACCAACCAACGCAACAACACCUCUCAUUCCAACUAGGACCACAGUCUCAGUUUCAACAAGUAACACCUCUAUCAUCAUCUGUGCCAAAUGGACAACCUUCACAAGCACAUUUUGUAAAUCAGCCACCACCACCGCAACAAAUAGCACAACAAUCUUUAAAUCAGCGUCCUCAACCUUCAUAUAAUCAUACAGCAAUUCCUCCCCCACAAAUUCAACAAGAAGUAACCGAAUCUACCCCACAUCCUCUUUCGAGGCCUUCAAGUUUAUACGGAGUUAAUUUACCACAUUCAGCAUUAUCCCAACCACAGCAACAGCCACCUUCACCUACCACUCUACGUUAUAAUCAAACACCAGUAUUACAACAACCGUUUCAAUCAAUGCAACGUCCACCUACUUAUGAAAAUUACUCGUUGCCCCCUCAAAAUAAUCAUUCUCAAUUGCAACAACCACCUUCAGUGACACCGCAAAGGCCUCUUCAACAUCAGCCACAGUAUUCUACCAUACCACCACCACCCUUGCAGCAACAACCACCAUUGAAUCAAUAUUACAAUUCGCAUCAACUAUCACAAGGGUUUAAUAAUCCUCCACCUCAAGUUCAAACAUCUCAAUACCAUCCUACCCCACAACAGCAGCAAUAUUAUUCACAAACCUCACAAGGAUUAGGCAAUCACAACAAAGAAAUUUUAUCAAUGGGUCGUCAUCGCUUUUAG